AAAUGGCUUGGAGCGAACUGUUUCAGAACCAGUCACUAUCCUUAUGCUGAUGAAAUCAUGGACAUGGCAGAUCAGCAGGGAAUUGUUGUCAUUGAUGAAAGCCCCGGAGUUGGGAUUAACAGGUAUGUGAUUAGUCAGAAAUAAGUUAUUAGCUGAUUUGUAAUUUGUAAGGCUUGUACGGGAUUCGAACCCUUGACCUCUGCUAUACUGGUGCAGCGCUCUACCAAUUUAGCUAACAAGCCAGCAAUAAUAAUUAUUUAUUUCUGUCCACUCAACUGUAACAUGCACGUAAAUGUCUUGUGUUCUUAUAGAGAGAACCUAAUGAAUGCCACUCUCCACCAUCAUUUGGAUGUCAUGGCUGAGUUGGUUCGCCGUGACAAGAACCGGCCGUCAGUUGUUAUGUGGUCUGUAGCAAAUGAACCAGCAUCUUAUUCUUCGAAGGCGACAUCCUACUUCCAGUAAGACUUCACCAAUUGUUAGUAUUAUCAUAAAAACUAAGGCUCGCUGGUCUAAUCCCGGUGCGCAGUUUUGCCACAUAAGCAUAUCAUUGUUCACUCUCUGAUCCUCACACUAGCUAGCUUGCAUCUCUUUCAAAAUUUUGAUUGAAUUGGACCCCUUAAGUUCCUUGCAAAUGGAUGCAACAUUGUUGGAUUUUUCAUGUUGGGUCUGUUUGCACACCUGGUUGCAUGUUGUUGUGUGUUGUUUGGAGUUGUUGCGCAAAAUUUGAAACCGGUCAAAAUUUUAGCCACGUGCAAACGGAUGCAACAGCUCACAACAUUGUUGCGCCAACAAUGCUGGGAGUUGUUGCUUCCGUUUGCACGUCGCUUAACCUGCGUAGCAUUCGUCUCCAUUUCCUUUGCUCCUUUUCACCCCAUACCCUCGCGCACCUCCCGCACUUCUCCCACUUGGCUAAAAGUAGACAGAAACGACUGCUACGCCUGCCACCCAGGCUAUUGGACCCAUAUAUGUCGCAGUUCUUUUUCAGGCUACAACUCUUUUGUUCUGGGGCUGGGUUCCAUUGUGAACAUUUUUUGUUCAUUGUUUUCCCCACCUUAUUCUGCGAGGCCUUGCUGAUCAGGCCACUUGUAGCAACUCUGUGAACUCUUAGCAUCAAAGAAGAUCACAUAGCAGAAUUACUUUCAAUUUCACGAAAAGAAUCUCGAAGGGGGUCCCGAUCCCUGAUUCCGCAGUCCCGCAUCCCGCCUUUUUAUAUCCACUUUCCUGAAUCUUGUUUUUUGUGUCCGUAGUUUGGUUUGAAAUUCGCAUUUGCUUCUAGAAUAUGUAACAUGACUCGUUUUAGUCGUGACGAUUUCUCGCAUUUACGACAGGCACGUUAAAAAACCCGCGUGAAGUGCACAUAUUUUGCCCACGAAUCCUGCUUCUGGGUUUACUUAGCAGUAAAAUCCCGUUUCCUGUCAAGUUGCGUUUUGCGUUUUGCGUUUUCCGAAUCCCGCACCGUGUUUUGAACAAAUCCCGGACCCCAAAAUUCACUUCCAGUUUCUGCCCUAAAGAGUUUUUGAAACAAUAGUCGUUGCUUUCUCCGAGUGCUUUGGUUUUUGGGAUAAACUUGGCAUGAGAUGGAGCAGCCGUUUGCAAGCAGUCUUGCUUCAGACUGGUCAUUAUAGUCACCCUUUGCAAGGUCUAACUGAUAACCAGCAACAAAGAAUUCUUUAAAAGAAAGUGGAUACUGACGCCUUAUUUAAGUUAACUGUAUUAACUCCGUAUUAUUUCAUUGCCCUGUUGUACUUUUUUUACAAUUUCUUUUAGCCCUGUAACACCUCCUGUAAUAAUUUGACAAUUUUUUUUGCUUUACUCUGUUAAUGUCUCUUGUUAAAGUGUUUUUUUUGUGUGUGUGUUCUGUAAAUGUAAUUAUUUAAUGUGAUUAUCAAUAAACAUAUUUAAAAAAAAAAAAAAAAGGUCUAACUGAUAACGAAAUCUGAAUCGAGAGCAUUCGCCCCCAAAAAAGAGUCGGGAUUGUCACCUAGAUUGUGAUGUUAUGUCAGACAGUUUGAGUUAUUCAAAUUCGCCGGUGGCACCUUCUGGUACUUCUACCUAAAAUCUUCCGAAGAACGUCUUAACAGAUGAAGACGUGGAAAGAACAAACGAUCACAAGGCCCCGUUUAUCUUCUAGUUCCAAGGAAUAGUCUAGAAUGUUUAGCUUAGAUUGACCGUGAGGCUAAUAGAAUUUAAUCUUUGGAACCUCGUUAUCUCUUGAUACUUGUUCACUUAGCUCUUUUCACUUCGAAACAAAGAACGAUUGAUAACUAUCUUUGAUAAUGUAUACUUGUACCAUUCUCAUAUCUCAGGGGCACCCAACGAGAAUAUAGCCCAAAACCACUUAAACAUAGCUUUGUUAAACGUAUUUUAGUAUUUAAACGGUAGAUUUAGGCAUAUCGUUAUCCCCUAAUAAUUUUUCAUCUGUUCGGAUUUCCUAGCUAAAAGUCUAGUGAUCCGAAAAUUAUAGGGAUCAAAACUUACCUUUUCGCAAAUUUCAGCCAGAAAAAAGGGUCCCGAAAAUUCUAGGUGACCUUUUUAGGGUAAAAAUUCGUUAAAAAUGGGCAAUUAUACCAUUUUUUAGAUGUUCGAAAAUCCUGGGGGAGGCAGGCAAGCAAGAAAUUUUACAACAAAUGUUCCGAAAAUUCUAGAUCUGAAAUCGUCUUCUGAACAGAUAUUUUCCGAAAAUUGACGUUGGGUGCCCCCUGAUGUCUAAGGGGAAAAGUUGUCUAUCGCAAGUUUUAACUUUGUGUAUAUUUAUUCAUUUCGACAGAUCUGUAAUUGAGUUCACGCGAAUCCUGGACGCAACUCGUCCCGUUACAUUUGUGACUUCAGCAAGUGCGGCAACAGACAAAGCGGUACGUUAAAAUUUGAACAAUUUUAAUGCCUCAGUAGUCGCUGAGUACUACCACUAGCAGAGGUGGUAGUAGUGUAAGACUCACUGGCUAGAACCUAGCGCAGCAACACGUUAACGCCUGUGACGUCAUGCAAAGGCAUCGCAUCAAGAUAAUGUGAUGUCAUGUUGUAUUUUUAUGUUGUGCCUGGUAUGACCAGUUUGAUAAGUUUUUGAUUGCUUGAAUAACAACUGGCAAUAUGUUCACUAGUUUAUUCAUUUUGAUGCCUCAGUCUGAUGAAGGAACAAGUGCCAAUUUCGCAUUUUACCGCAAAAAUUUUCCUCUUUGGUCACUGGAGCGCAAAUAGUGAAUACUUACGCAACAGGACGGGAGAGGGAAGAAGACGGCAAACCUUGUGUGACAAGCGAUACAAUAAUUUUGUUCGAAAUAACUUUUUGCCAAACUUCACUUCUAUUCCAUUCCAAUAGCGUUUCUCUUCAGUUAACCUCAUUUUAAUAAUGUUACUUCACAUGCUCUUUUUUACGGCGGCCAUCUUGUUAUGCGCAGUAAGAGAUGCGCAGUGCAAAACCAGGGAAUCACCUUAAACAGAGCGGUGGGAAACUAGGUCUUUCUGGCACUAAACGCAACAAGUUUUUUCCCUCCUCCUCCAGGGAGUUUUCAUGGGCUGUUUCAAGUUUCCUUCAACUCUUUAUAGUGACCCACGUGGGCACCAGAGAUUUAUUCCUUGCGAUUUCGCCGCUUGUGGCUUCGGUCUUCGACCGAAGAUGUAUGAACCAACUACGAAUCAUUUCUCACCCCUCACGCAAGGAAAACACUUCUGGUACCCAGAGUACCUACAUCGGCCAUCGCCACAACACUUCUGUUCCACUGUCACCACCACCACCACCACCACAUUUUCACAGUUUCCCCGCACCACCACAUUUUUUUGUAACUAUAAACCUGUCACGAAGAAGGGGGAGAUGAUGUCACCCUGUCUUGAUGAGAUACCUAUGAAGUCACCGACGUAAAUGUAUUCGUGUACAAAUUUAUGAGAUUCCUGCGCAAAAGGAGUCUAAUCGUCUCGCCCCUUACUACUGUCAUUGAAACGAAUAUAGUUAUCGGUUUCAAUGACUCACUCGUAUUCCACUAGCCGCUAAAAACCCAUGUGCUGCAUUAUCAAUUUUUUAGCUCUCUGGGCUUAUUUUUGCAGUGUUUCUGAAAUGGGAACUUAUUAGAAUGGGGGCUGAUUAAAGACUGAAGACAAAUUAUAAUAGCUUUAUGCAUAUUUCGUUAUGCUGAAAGUACAUGACUACAAAGUUUCAGUUUUCAGUGUCAGUUUUAUUCACUCAGUUAUUAUACAUGAAGAAUCUCGUAGCAUCUUUCACGAUCAGGCUGUGGCUUAUUUGCGGCUAAAGGCGAUUUAAUUGUGAUCUUGGUGUUCAGCAUAGGGUAUUAAAGGAGCAAAUUUCGAUACCUGUAUAAUCUAGAAGACGCCGUUUGCAAAACUCUCCUUUGAAACAGAUCAUAUUUAUAUUACAAGCGCUUGGUAUAUUGACAGUUUAGCCUGUUCUCACGUUUUCUAACAGGUACAAUUUGUGGAUGUGAUCUUGUGUAAUCGCUACUAUGCUUGGUACCAAGACUGCGGACAGACACAACUGAUCAGUCUCCAGCUGGAAGGUGAACUCCGAAACUGGUUUGACAAGUUCCAUAAACCGGUUAUCCAGUCUGAAUAUGGCGCGGAUACCGUCGCUGGACUUCACAUGGUAAGGAACAAUAAUCACGUGCCAUAAAACAAGAGGGCGUGAAGCGACUUGACACAAUGAAGCAAGCAACACAACUUAGCAAAACAUAAAAUACAGUGUAAUGUUUUCUCGCCUAGGACUGAGACACAAAUGAUGGAACAAAGAUCAAAAGAUUUUUUCUUUGCAUCGUUAGGUUCCUCAAGUCGCUUUACUAGGGCUAACGCUCAUUGGGGUUUAUGGGCUAUUUUUCACCCCACAGUUGAUUCUCUGUUCCAGAGAAUAAAGUGAAUACGUUUCUUCAGAAGCGCAGCCUGCAAAAAAGGCGUUAUAUUUUCGCGUUUUUCAGGCAAGCGUGUUUCGAGCGAGAAGCGCUAGAUCCAAACGCGCAGAAGGAGAAGGCGAGGAAAACGCGGUGCGCGAGGACUCAAAAAAGGAAACUAGGAAAUUUAGAAACUGGGCUCAAUUGAAAACCUCAAAAGAACCGAAAGGCUGCAGACUUCUGCAGUUAUCAAAAAUGCCGAUACUCAGAAUUUCAGUAAAAAAUAUCGGUAAUUUUUUUACUAAAUAUUUGCCCUCAGUAAAAUCGGAUUCUUUCGUAUCAUUGCUGAGUGAUAUCUAUAGUUCGUUCCAACGUUUCGUAGCCACCGCGCUAAAACCUAAAAAGUUAUGUCGAAAAGUUCGUCAUAGCUCAAUGAAGAAUUUGGUUUAUAGAUAAAAAUAGCUGACAACCAUUAGAGACACUUAACUCGAAAAACUGCAAAUGUUUGGAACAAACACCAAAUUUCGAUCUGGAGAGUAGCGUAAAUCCGCGAAAAAGAAAACUCCGAUGCUCUCUGCAAAGGUAAGGUGCUUUUGAAUGGAGUGCUAACUCUAAGAUUUUACUCUCAUAGGAUCCCCCUUUUGUGUUCACCGAAGACUACCAGGUAAGAACUGGCAGCAAAUCUACUGCUUUAACUGUCAAUUCGUUUGUUUUAGUAACAUCAUAUGCUUGAAUCCCAAGACGACAAGAAUCUGUUUGGUCUUUACUGGUGAUUCUUUGAAAAUCCACUUCCCUAUUUUGCAACUGAGAAUCAUUAGUUAUCGCCUCUCGGCUUUCUAUUUGAACCAACACCCAUGCCCUUCCUUAUUGACGUCAAAACUUAAAUUGAUUUGUAUUUUUUCUUGUUUUGUCUUUGCGCGACAGGUAGAAACUAUUCAGCAGUAUUUCCCGGUGUUUGAUAAGCUAAGGAAGGAAUUUUUUGUCGGAGAAUUGAUUUGGAACUUUGCAGACUUCAUGACAAAACAACGUAAGAUUGAGUUCUACUUAAGUAUGUCCGUACAGUGUAUUUAUCUUGUAUUAACCCUUUAAGCCCCAAUAUCUGCAUACAAAUUCUCAAGACUGAUCUCCAUACAUAUCCUUCAAAAUUAGUUGAGAGAAUUGGAUAAAAGAUCAGAGAUUGAUCUCCUUGUAAUCAAUUUAUUGAUUCUCAUAGACUUUGUUCUUGACAAUCUAUGGAUAUUGUUAUGAGAAAAUUGAUGUUGGUCACUAUUGGGACUUAAAGGGUUAAUGUCCUAUGUAUUGCCUCCCUAACGUUCUAGCCCAUUAUGGUUAUUCUCUCUCCCCGCCGCGUGUUGGCUUUUCUCGCGUGGGGUGAUUUUCACGCGCGCUCGCGUUUCGCAGGCUCUACUAUCCCUGAGGAAAAAUGGGGGACUACUCGUAGUCUAGGUUAUCUAGGCAGCCCUGCUACACUCAUCCUCAUCCCACUUUGUUGGAUACAUUUAAAGUUGUUCUGUGUUUAUUAAUUGUAAUCUGAUUACCAGUAGCCUGCGCAGCACGUAUCGUCUAGACCACUGGUGCAGCCCUAUACGGCGGUUUAGUGUGUCUGCAACGUAAGGUAGAUCACCAGUGAGCGCGGAAUUCGUUAUCAUUUCAUUAAAUUAUUAUACAUGUGCGAUCACGUACACUCGAGCUGGAGUGGUCUGGAGUUUUAUCCGCAGUUUAACUUUCCAAGUACGAGAUUUUUCAUGCGAUUUGUUCUGCUGACCCGUCACUUGUUCAAGGGUGGUUGUUAGACGAAUUUUCAUCGAGCGCAAGCAAGGCGGCACAACUGCAUCACCUUUCUAAACAGUACAUGUGUAAGUCACAUGUACAGCCAUGGCUUUAUAACGUGAAUUCAUUUACAUGCACAUCACGAUUAUAGCCUUGAAAACCUGUCCACUUUGUUUCGUUUAAUAACAGUUUUACCUUUGAAGAAUUUAUGUUUAAGAUUCGAGGUUUUUUAAUCAAAAAGGGAGAAAUACGUCUCCUCGCGCAUGAAACUGCGCCGAUUGUGUGAAGAAGAUUAAAGUUAAUGUUAACAGGAUUAUGUUUGACUUCCUCUAAGAGCGGAAAUUCAUUCUUACGGAUUAACAGUUGUUCUUUCCCCCUAUUAACUCUUUACAAGGCCUGUUUCUUAAUAAUAGGUGCCAUUUUAAGAUACUCAUAAUAAGCACAACCUCUGAGUAGAACAAACGUACAUGAAAAGUAUAACACAUAAUGAAGGAUAUUAAUGAGGAUACACAGAAAGAGAAAACAGACUCCAUUGAGAAAGCUUGGCAGGCAAGUAUUUUAGGGAUACAGCCCAAGAUUACAAGGAUGACAUUGGAUUCUAAAUAAUCAAAUUUGUGAAAAGGGGAUUCGUCAUUCAUUCAUUGAUCUCUUUGCUUGAUAUUUCUUUAAUUUCAUUAAUUUUGCCGGUGCAUUAUAACUCGCUUGUAAUGCUGGCAAAGCCAAUUAUUACUAAAGAAUGAACAACGCGCGCAUUUCUUUCUACAUUUUAUAAAAGUCAGCAAUACAAGAAGGGGAAAUUUACUAUGCUGUUAUUGUAGGUAUAGUUGAAUUUCUGAGAAGGUUUCUUGUAAAAGGUAUUGCAUUUUCCUUCCUCCUCUUUCCUUUCCCUUUGUAUACAGUAUUUCCAGCUUCGAAAUAAAUUUUUAGCAAGUGCUCCAUUUAAAAGACUCAUGUUAUGCCCUCUUUCUGGUAACAUGGCCUCAAUUUUUCAGGCGGUCAAUUUUUUAAAAUCUAGCUUUAGGUAGAUGUAUUUGUGUCAUACGAAUUGUCCUGCCCUGUUUGCGCUGCUUACUAACCGAACAUUCAGCCCAUCCUGGAAGGGGUAAAACUAACCCCCAUCCAAUUAUGUUGUCUGUUUACAGAAAUAACGCGAGUUGAAGGGAACAAGAAAGGAAUCUUGACGCGACAACGACAACCGAAAGCCGCUGCGCGUGUUCUGCGUCAGCGGUACUUGAAUAUCUCCAUGGGAAGAAGUUAGACCACAAGAUCACGUUUUUACACAUUUGAUAACCAUAGUAUGGUGGAAUUUGUUAGAAGCGAUAGCGGAAUCAAUGUAGUGUAGUACUUUAAAAAAUUUUUAAAAUGCACCGGAGAGAUUGGGGUCAAUUCAACAAAACGUUUACAAAAGUGAUUUACGAAUGACGCUAUCUUUUUAGAAUUUGAAGACAACAGCAGCAUUUGUAAAAUACACUCGUAAAAGUUUCAUUGAAUUAGCUCACCAGUCUUGAUAAAGGUGCAAGGAACUGUGAAAUUCCACUGUAGUAUAGAAUCAGUAGUUCGAGGAACUACGAAAGUCCAAACCCAACUCGCUCCGUUCAUUCACUUUAUGAAUUUUCCCCUUCGUCUCUUUGUAUCUCAAAGUCCUAAAUGCUUUGUAAAUUAUCUCUGCAAAUCUUUUGAAUAUUGCGGCUUACUCAACUGAUGAAUUUGUAAUACGGUUACUGUAAUUUGAAAUAAAAAGGA